AUCAUCGCGCCGUACAACAUCUCGGCGACGCCCGGGCACAGCGCGUUACUGACGUGUAUUGUUGCCUACAGUUCUGUCGAUUACAACAUGACCUGGUACCGAUUUAGAAACGGCGAGAAGGUGGCGAUCACAACCGACGACAAACAUCAGUUGUUUACGAAUGGAUCGGUUAUUGUCAAAGAUAUCGACGACACUGAUGAGGGUCGUUAUCUCUGCCGGGCUACAAAUGAGGGUGGCUUCAACGAGGAGUCGGUCUAUGUUAUGGUCAACAGACACCCUGUUGCCCUCGUCACACCACAGACCCGUAGUUUUGUGGUCGGUGAUUCCGUCAACUUCACUUGUACGUCGACCGGUUUCCCGACUCCGCGUUUUAAUUGGUUCCGCGACGGCCAGGGCCUCGUCGAGGGCAAGAAGAUCAUGUUCCCGCAGCCCGGAGUCAUCAUUCUCAAGGAUCUGAAUCGAGAGGACGCGGGGCAGUACGAGUGUCUGGCGUCAAAUCCUGCAGGAGAUGACACCAAGGUGGCCAUCUUGAACUAUAUGGAGGCUCCGAAGGUGAAGCCGGUUAGGCCACGUAGGCUGUUUGCCAGGGGAGACACGGCCACGCUGGUCUGUGAAGCGAUGGGUAUCCCACGACCCAAGAUUACAUGGUUCAAGGGAGAACAGAAGUUGGCCGACCUGUCAUUCAUCCAGGCAUUUGACAGUGAACUGUACAUCCUCGUCGUCCAGGACCAGGAUGCUGGAAGCUAUACCUGUGUGGCUACCAAUGAGGCUGGGGAAGAUUCUGCGACCAUUGAUCUCGAGAUAGGGUUGGCGCCCCGCAGUGGUGUACCUUUCUACAGUGUUGGAAUCGACAUCCAUGCCAAUGGAACGCUGCCGUGUGGCAUCACAGGCGACCCACCACCGCAGAUUCUCUGGACGCAUAAUAAUAACAAACCGGUCGAGGACGACCGGUUUACUCAACUACCGGAUGGAAGCCUGUUCGUGCAAAAGGCCCUUCUGAAGGAUGAGGGUCUGUACAUCUGUAAGGCCAGGAACGAACUCGGUGAGAAACAGGUCACCGCGCAGCUCUCCAUAACUGGCAUAGUUGUGCCAAAGAUUACGGCCUACACCAACACCAUCGAUAUUCCGAUCGGCCACGAGGUCCACCUCUCCUGCACCGUAACCGAGGGCAAUCCGCAGCCGACGCUCAUGUGGAUAAAGAAUCAAGACGUCUUGAAAGAUGGCGCUACUUAUGAUAUCGAUGACUUUGGUAACUUGCGGAUACAGAAGGUGCAGCCGGAGGAUGCUGGGGACUACACAUGUUUGGCAAGUAACGUUGGCGGGAAUGCAACGCAUACGAUGAGAGUCAGCGUCCAGGUGCCGCCAUCUAUCGAGGGACACGACGCCAACGGAGACUACAUCGUCAUCCAAGGCAACCCCAUCACCCUGCCGUGCAAGGUCACCGGCGACCCCCGGCCGCUGCUCCAGUGGACCAAGGAUGGCAACAGAAUACCUGUGACGGACCCCCACUACCUCAUUGGCGAGGACGGCAGUUUGAAUAUCUUCAGCGCCGACCCGCAGGAUACAGCCAUGUAUGCCUGUACCGCUCUCAACGUGGCCGGAAUUACGACCAAAUCGAUGACUCUAAUUGUUCAUGUUCGUCCGACAAUAAUCCGCGACCAAGAUGAAUACAUCGUUGUGAUCGAGUCUCCCCUCAUCGUCCCGUGCAUCGUCAACAGCGUGCCGAUUGCCGCCAUUACGUGGAAAAAAGAUGGCGUCGUUAUUCGGCCCGGUGACGAGCAUCGUACCAUUCUGCCCGAUAACUCGUUAGAGAUUGAGAGCGCUGAAAUCGGAGAUGUCGGACUCUACGAAUGUUUUGCAUCAAAUGUGGCCGGUAAUGCGAGCAAGGUUGUCUCAGUCGGUGUCCAAGUCCCUCCGAGAAUUAACAGUACCGGCACUACGGAUCAGAAGAUUGUGGUCGGUGGGAAGCCCGUUAUUCUAGAAUGUUUCGUCGCUGGCGAUCCUCCGCCAAAGAUACGAUGGCAGAAGAACCGAGUCGACAUCAACCCGUUCGAUCCCAACAACAUCGACUUCAUCCUGCAGGAUAACGGCGGCUUGUACAUCCAUCGCGCCACACCAGCACACACUGCCACCUAUACUUGUAUUGCGGAGAAUCCUGCUGGCCUCGCCACGAGAGAUAUCAAAUUGAUUAUUCAUGAAAAGCCUCGAAUUCCCAACACUCUACAGAACAACACUAGCAUUAUCGAAGACAAGAAGGCCCACCUGCCGUGUCCGGCAUCCGGUGUGCCUCCUCCUACCAUCUCCUGGUUCAAGGACGGCAAGCCGCUAAUACCGGAUAAGGAGGUGAAGAUGUUGGGCGAUGGCACGCUGGAGUUCUCAUCCGCCAAGGCGAAGGAUGCAGGCGUCUAUGUGUGCGUGGCGACUAAUAUCGCAGGCCAGACGCGUUACGUGAUUGAGUUUAAAGUCUUUGUACCACCAAAGUUCAACGACUCCGUCGACGGCGUCGACCCCAGGAUUCCAGAACGGCCGACGGUCAUCGUCAACAAUACGAUCACGAUGUCAUGUCCUGUCAGUGCCAUCCCACCGCCGCAGAUCACCUGGUUCAAAGAUGGCCGCCCGGUUAAUUACGUCACGAAUGAACUCGUCAGGAUAACGCCGGAUGGACGUAAUAUUACGAUUCCUCGAGCUCAGCUGACGGACGCGGGGCGAUUUACAUGUAUUGCUAGGAAUAUUGCUGGAGAGACGGAGAAAAACUUUGACUUGGAAGUUCUGAUUCCGCCAAGAAUUGACGAUAACAACCGCCUCGACACUUUCACCGUCAUCGUCAAGCGACCAAUCGUCUUAGACUGCCGCGUCCGGGGAAAACCCCCGCCGAAGAUCACGUGGAUAAGAGAUGGCGUCCGCAUCGACCUCCUUGACCCCAACGUCCGAAUCUUUUCCCAAGGUCGUAGAAUCGAGAUCAUCGAAUCUGAGGUCACGCACACCGGAUUUUACACCUGCCUCGCGGAAAGCGUCGCGGGUACAUCCGGCAAGAACUACUCAGUUGACGUUUUAGUCCCGCCGAACAUCCGAGAUUCGACGGGCGUGAAAAGGCCGUCCGUUAUCUCGAAUGAUUCUAUCGAGUUGGAUUGUACGGUUUUCGGCGUACCACUACCGGAAGUGAAGUGGUAUCGAGAUUCUCUGCCGUUAAAUACGAGUGACCCAAGGAUUGAAAUUUUGGAAAACGGCUACAAAUUGAAGGUGUCAUUUGCCAAGGUGCGGGAUUCGGCAAGAUAUAGCUGUCGGGCGGUGAAUGUCGCAGGACAGUCGGAGAAAUAUUUCGACUUGAACAUUUUGGUUCCUCCAAAGAUUACUCGUAAUGGCCUUGACCUCAACCCAAGUGUCAUCGUUGACAGAUCUGUUGUCAUCAGUUGCCCGGCAACCGGCGUACCGCCACCGGACAUCAUCUGGUAUCGCGACAACCAGCUUCUCAACGUCCGAUCGCAUCCUAACCUGUCGCUAUUGGCCGGAGGACGCCAACUCAGGAUCGUCAAUUCUAAAGUUUCUGACGCGGCUAUAUUCACUUGUAAAGUUGUAAAUAAAGCUGGCGAAGACGCGUUAGAUUUUGAUUUACAAGUUUAUGUUCCACCUCGCAUCGAUGUCAGCCAGAUCAGCCUACUCGAUAUGGAGGUCAUUGUCAACCGCUCCGUCAUAAUCCAGUGUCCGGCAACCGGAAUCCCCGCACCGGAAAUCAGUUGGUUCCACGACGGCCGCGAAAUCGACCCAAAGGUCCAGCAACAUUUCAAAUUAAAACGAGGCGGCCGGGAAUUGAUGAUCAAUAAUGUGCAGGUUGACGAUAGUGGGCGCUACGUCUGCAGGGCAACGAAUCCGGCCGGAACGGCUGAGCAGAUGUAUCAUUUGAAUGUGUUAGUUCCCCCACGCAUCGACGACACCAACCUCGACCGCUCGCCACAAAUCGUUGUGAACCGUUCCAUCACUCUCCAAUGUCCGGCGUACGGCACCCCACCGCCAGAUAUCACGUGGCUAAGGAACGGAAUCCCAUUACUGGCAUCCGGGAAGCCGCACAUCCGGGUGUUGAACGGCGGUAAAGAGAUCAAGAUAACGCGAGCGGCGGUAACAGAUAGCGCCCGCUAUACCUGUAUUGCUACAAAUAAAGCUGGCACUAGCGAUAUCGAUUUUGAUAUGGAUAUUAUAGUGCCGCCCUCUAUCGAUGGCCACAUCGACACCAACCCGCAGGUCAUCAAAGGUCGCACGAUGAUCCUAAACUGUCCGGCGUCGGGCAUCCCAUUCCCGAACAUCACGUGGAUGGUGAACAGGAACCCCAUCGUGGAGAGUCAGCGCUUUAAAAUCCUUGCCCAAGGACGCCAACUUGAGAUAAUCAGCACAAUGGUGGUGGAUAGUAAUCGAUAUACCUGUGUGGCUUCGAAUGCUGCUGGGCAGGCCUCCAAGGAUUUCAACGUCGAGGUCAUAGUUCCACCAACAAUUGACGAGGCGAACUUGGUGGACAACCCUAGGGUCAUAAGCAACCGUACCGUCAUCCUGGAAUGUCCGGUUUCCGGCACCCCGCCCCCGACUAUCAAAUGGUUGAAGGACGGCGUCAGACUUGUGGAGAAGAAGGGUCUAAAGGUUCUCUCCGCUGGGCGCCAGGUUGAGAUUCUGCAUGCCGCUGUGAUCGACACGGGGCGUUACACGUGUAUUGCAGCCAAUGAUGCUGGAGAAUUGAGGAGGACGUUUGGUUUGGAAGUUCUUGUCCCGCCGCAGAUUGAUGACCGUCUGCUGGACCUGAAUCCAUUCGUCAUUCAAAACCGCAGCGUUUACAUCGACUGCCCCGUGACCAGCAUCCCACAGCCGUCGUUCCUCUGGUCCAAGAAUGGCCAACCGCUCUUCGACUUUCCGUAUCCGAACUUGAAACUGUUGAAUAACGGGCGCCAGAUUCACGUGGUAAAGGCGCAGGUGUCUGAUGCUGGGGAUUACACGUGUUUGGCGACGAACGUGGCGGGCCAGCUUAGCAGGACUUUCAAGUUGGAAGUUUUGAUUCCGCCAAAAUUCAACGGAAGUGGCGAGACGUUGAGCCUGAGUGUCAUCAAGGGCCACUCUGUGGCCAUCGUCUGCCCGGCCAUAGGCACACCACCACCGACUGUCCUCUGGUUCAGAGAUGGCCUGCCACUCACCAUGGACCUAAACCCUCACAUGCAGCUUCAAGACAACGACAGGAUCCUCAAGAUUUUAAGCAGUCGCGUUGUCGAUAGGGCGCGUUAUGCCUGCCGGGCGCAUAAUCCUGCGGGCGAGGUUGAGAGGUAUUUCAACCUGGAUGUGUUGGUGCCCCCUCGCAUCAACGGCUCGGAAAAGAUACAAGAAAUGUCCGUCAUUGUGAACCGGGGUACCGUAAUCUCGUGUCCAGCUUCCGGGAUCCCUGCACCCAACAUCGACUGGUACUGGGAGGGGAAAAGGCUUACCGUUCUGUCCAAUCCGAACUUGCGCUUUUUGAGUGGCGGGCGCCAGCUGCAGAUCAUCAGCGCCCAGCUACUCGAUAUCGGACAGUAUAAGUGUGUGGCUUCGAACCAGGCCGGCAACGCUUCUAAGGAGUUCAUUCUUGGUGUUAUGGUUCCCCCAACAAUCGAAGAUGGACCGCCUAUCGUACAGGCCAGCCUCCACGCACGCACCCUCCUGCUCUGCGAGACGUUAGGCCUACCGGAGCCCGACAUACAGUGGGAGAAGAGCGGUGAACGCAUCCCGAACAACGGCGCCAACUACAGGAUGCAUCGGUCGGGCUCGUUGGAAUUCAGCAGCGUAACACUGGAGGAUUCUGGGAACUAUCGCUGUACUGCCACAAAUGAAGCCGGAGCUAAAUUUCGGGAUGUUCGGUUGGAAGUGCAAGUUCCACCAACAAUCCUCUCCCCGAGUCCAUACGAGGUGACCGUGGCCGUCGACAGCAGCGGCAUCCUGCCCUGUAAGACGUCUGGCGCGCCUAAACCGCGUAUCACCUGGCAGAAGGGAACAUCGGUACUCAACGGCGCUAACGGAUACAGCGUCGAGACUGACGGCUCCCUCGUCAUCCAGAAGGCGGGACUCCGUGAUGCUGGAAUCUACAUCUGCAUCGCCCAGAAUAACGCCGGUACGGCGCUGGGGCAGGUCAGGCUGGAAGUAGAAGUCCCGCCGAAGAUCGAGGACCAACAGAAGGACUACACGGUGAUCCAGGACCGCGAGAUUAUCCUACCUUGCCGGUCUAACGGCGUCCCCACGCCCAGGGUCUACUGGGAGAAGGAUGGCAACUUGAUAUCGCAGAGUGAUUUCAGAUACCGGGUCCUGCGGUCUGGCUGGCUGGCCAUCCCCAUCACUCGGACCCAAGACACCGGUCGAUAUAAAUGUAUAGCUGAGAACAACGCUGGGAAAGACACCAUCGAGAUCGCUCUCACAGUGCAAGUUCCGCCCCACAUCGAGGAGGCCCAACGCAUCUUCACCGUCAUCCAAGGCGAUGAGGCGCACUUACUCUGUCGGGCGAAGGGCGUACCCCCGCCGGCGGUGAUCUGGUACAGAGAUGGACGCCGCAUCGCCCCCGAUGACCCGAGGUUUAAGGUCCUGGACUCGGGUUCGCUGCAGUUCGCGGACGUCCAGCGAUCGGAUGGUGGCAGUUACAUCUGCUCCGCAUCUAAUCAGGCAGGCAGAGACACGGAACAGAUCAUCCUUAGGGUGCAAGUUCCGCCGUCGUUCACGCGUAUCCCACAAGACCAGGAGGUGAACGCCAAUGGACGCAUCGAGUUGGAAUGUGCCGCUGAAGGUAUCCCGAUUCCCGUGGUCUCCUGGCAGAAGAAUGGGACAGUCGUACCAUCCGCCCCUAGCAUCAAUGGUCGGAGUCGUCUGAAGAUUGAGGAUGCGAGGAAAGAGGACGGUGGAACCUACGUCUGUGUGGCCAUGAAUCCCGCUGGCUCCGGCAAGGUCAUCGCUGCCGUGUUCGUCAAAGUACCGCCGCGGGUCUUGAACCUGGACGAGACGCGUGCUGUGACCUUGGCCGAGAAGGUCGUCCUGCACUGCCCGGUGAGUGGCGACCCUCCUCUCACCAUCAUCUGGAUGAAGAACGGCCGCACGGUUCAGAUGGACAACCGGAUCAGUCAACUCCAGAACGGAUCGCUCGUCAUUUACGACUCUGUGAACUCCGAUGCCGGUGAAUAUAAGUGUGUCGUGACCAAUGACGCCGGAUCGUCCGAAGGAACAGCCACACUGACUGUGCAAAGGCCACCCGAUUUUAGCGUCGAACCCAAGAACACUCUGAUUGGCCAAGGGGAGACGACCAUCUUUAACUGCGUGGCGAGCGGCGAGCCGAAACCAUCCAUCAGAUGGCAGAAGGGGCGCGUGAGGCUAUCGAGCGGGGACCGGCUGACCAUCAUGCCCAAUAACUCACUUAGAAUUGUUGCCACGCAGUUAGAGGAUGCUGGAGUGUAUGUUUGUAUCGCGAGAAACAGCAGAGGGUCAAUCUUGGUCCAAGCUGAACUCACCGUACAAGUGCACGGUGGCUUUUCCACUUGGUCCGCUUGGGGCGACUGUAGCGUCACCUGUGGACAGGGAACGCAGUUCCGCUCCCGGACAUGUGACAACCCAGCGCCGCUAAACGGCGGCAGGAACUGCAAUGGCGGGAAAAAACAGUCGCAGACGUGCUUCGUAGAAGGAUGUCAGACGGACGGCCAGUGGGGAGAGUGGGGAUCUUGGGAGGAGUGCUCGAUGACGUGUGGCGAGGGUGAACGCGUCCGGACGAGGAAGUGUGACAGCCCUGCUCCGGCGUAUGGAGGAGAGCAGUGCGUCGGCGCCGCGGUCGAGAAAGCCAUAUGUAACGUCCGGUCGUGCCCGAUUGACGGAAACUGGGGCACAUGGUCACAGUGGGGCGGUUGUAGCGUGACGUGCGGUCAGGGCACCCAGGAGAGACAUCGGCGAUGCGACUCGCCACAGGCCCAACACGGUGGAAGGAAAUGUCCUGGAUCGGAGUUGGAGCGCCGGACGUGUACGGUUCGGAACUGUGAAACUGACGGCAACUGGGGCCAAUGGCAGCAAUGGUCGUCCUGCACUUUCUCUUGCGGCGGGGGAACCCGACAGAGGGUGCGAUUAUGUAACAGCCCGCCCCCCAGCAUCAACGGCCGCUUCUGUCCCGGGGAGGACCUACAGAAAGACUAUUGUAAUAGUGAAGACUGCCCAGUUCACGGCAACUGGGCCGCUUGGGGCAGCUGGGGAGAGUGCAGCGCCACCUGUGGGGGAGGCAGCAGGAAGCGAUUCCGUACUUGUAGCGACCCGUCUGCGAUGAACGGCGGCCGGACGUGCGCCGGCGAGGCGUUGAGUACCGAACAGUGCAGCCCUGAUGAGUGUCCGGUUGACAGCCUCUGGAAUAAUUGGGGCCUUUGGUCUGCGUGUUCUGUCACGUGUGGCGAAGGGACACGGGAACGAUCGCGCACGUGUACGCCACCCAAGUUCGGAGGUCAACAGUGCCUUGGCGAUGGAAAACAGGUCAACAAGUGCCAGAAGGCAAAAUGUGCUGCCAAAACCGUCAGACGAGCCAUAGGAAGUGUUCUGGGAAAUAUAAACGACCGUGAUUUCGGUAUCUCACAGCUUAUCGCUGACGUGGUUGUUGGUGACGAGUUUGCGACCAUCACGGCGAAAAUCAACAAGAUACCAAAAUCGAUUGGUCCACUGAUGCAACAUUUGGUGUCGAUAUUGACUCCAAUCUAUUGGACAUCUGCCAAGGAGAUAGGUGGCGCUGCUAAUGGAUUCACGUUGACGAAGGGUCAUUUCGAUCGAGAGGUCCAAGUAGAGUUUGCAACUGGCGAGAUCUUGCGCAUGACGCACGUGGCACAAGGAAUCGGCAAGGACGGCAACCUUGACCUCGACAUCAUCGUGACCGGUUACGUGCCGGACUUCCCCGGUAGCGCUAAAAUAGCCGUCGAACCGUACACGGAGGAAUAUAUACAGACAGGACCAGGUUCGAUCUACGCCUAUUCCUCUCGCAUCUUCCGUAUCAACGGACACAGCCUCCCGUACGCCUGGAACCACAGCAUCUCGUACGACACAUCGCGUGGGAAGAUGCCAUUCCUCGUCGAGAGUCUGCAGACCGACGACAUCACCGUACUAUAUGACGUCAGUAAGGAGACGCUCGAAUAUCAGCUCAAGGCUUUCAUUAUGAGAGGAGACCCCAGCAACCGAUGUCCCGACGGUUUCAACCUCAACACGAACGGCCCGUACUGCGAAGAUAGCAAUGAAUGCCGCAGUGACCCGCGACCGUGCAGCCAUUAUUGCCACAACUCCCCGGGGAGCUUCUCGUGUUCUUGUCCGUUCGGUUUGACGUUGGGCGCCGAUGGGAAAACAUGCAAAGACAUCAACGAGUGCGACCUUCGUAUCGCCCGCUGCCAUCAGGGCCAGGAAUGUAUUAAUACGGCCGGCUCCUAUCGGUGUGCCGUCAAAUGUGGCGACGGGUUUAGGCGCACGUCUGGCGGAUUGUCGUGUCAAGAUAUCAACGAGUGUCAAGAAGAGCCUAACGUCUGUGACCAGCAGUGCCUCAACAGAAUUGGAAGUUAUCGUUGUGCUUGUCGUCGUGGUUACCGCCUCAUUCCGCCAAACAGAUGUGUUGAUGUUGAUGAGUGUGCGCUCGGUUCACCCUGUAGUCAUCUCUGUGCAAACACGGCCGGCAGCUAUCGCUGUUCCUGUCCGGCUGGAUACCGACUGAUUGGUGGACAAGAAUGUCGAGAUAUUGAUGAGUGCAGCCAAGGUCUCCAUGACUGUGAGGUGGCUCAGGAGUGUAGGAAUACACUGGGAGGCUUCACGUGUGUCGACACCUGUCCUAAUGGACUGAAAAGGGCCAAGAAUGGCACAUGUGUUGAUAUUGACGAAUGUGCAUUGUCACGUAACCAGUGUUUCUACAACCAGAUCUGCGUCAACACCGUCGGUUCGUACCAUUGUAAAUGUCCAAUUGGUUACAUCUCGAGUGGGGCCGGACAGCCCUGUGUUGACAUCGACGAGUGUUCGUUGACUCCAAGUCCCUGUGCAUAUCGCUGCCGUAACCUCGAUGGCUCGUACGAGUGCCUGUGUCCACCAGGACAAAAACUACUUUCCGACAAGAAAUCUUGUGCGGGUCUGACAUUCAUCGGACCGGCGCAAGUAGACAGGGUCAACUCGGAAGCGCAACCAAAAUGUCCUGGAGGAUACGUCUAUAACUAUAACACCCAAAGAUGCACGCGGAGAUUCUCCAGCCUCAUUAUGGAUCAGGCGCCGAGAAUAAUGACGUGCCCAUCGGGUCGGCACAGGGUGAACGGGCGCUGCGUCCGAAAAAUGGAUAUCAAUAACGGCGCUCAUACUCUCUGCGCCAGGGGGUACUCGUUUAAAAAUGGCCGGUGCGUCGCGAGGAGUUUGCUCCUGAGGAUAUCGAAUCUGAGGUGUCCACCGAAUCAGCAAUUGCGGUUGGGCCGCUGCAUGAAGAUAAGCCGACGUGAUUUGGACGUGCUCUGCCCGGGAGGAUACUGGUUCCAGUUGGGAAAAUGUUUGCCGGGUGGAGAAGAAUCGGAGGUAGGGGAAGAGCCGCAAAGGUUUGGAACAGGUCAAGGGCGCUUUGGAACAGGUCAAGGUCAAUCUCAAGGUCGCUCUGGAACAGGUCAAGGUCGUUUUGGAACAGGUCGAGGUCAGGGUCGCUCUGGAACAGGUCAAGGUCAAGGUCGUUUUGGAACAGGUCAAGGUCGUUCUCAAGGUCGCACUAAGAAUUAUCCUGGCAACCAAGUGUUUGGCAGAAGGGCACAACCAAGCCGCUCUGGGAAGUUAUCUAUCAAAGAUGUGUUUGGACAGCCACCCGUUGACGUGUCAGGGCAGGGCAGUUCAGAAGCAGUGGAACGGAGCGAAGAAGUGUCUAAAUUUAGGGGGAAGAGUUCAGAGGAUAGGCCGACAGACAUUAUUACAGAUUUAACGACAGAUGAUCCGGGACAGGGAGAGGGAGUAACGAAGGCUGGAGGACAGGAAAGUGAGCUGCGUCAAAGAGAGAGCGAGAUUCACACUGAGGAAGAAGGGGAAUCACAAUCGAAAGAGAAAAUUAAAGAAAAUUCGCUCUGGGGAAGUCAAGGUAUUGAGAAGGCAUCAACUGAGGAAAACACUGAGAAAUUAGGAACACCGCAGACACCAGGAGGGGACAUUGAUAGUGUUAGUACACCAAUGAGAACGACAAGACUAACUGAGGCAAACACUCCUAAAGCAAAGACACUAAUAACUCCAACUGAUGACCUCAGUAAGGGAAAGACAGUCACUGAACAAGUGGAAACAAACACUGCUGGAGUGGGAACACUGAUGACUCCAACGGAGGGCCUCGAUAAAGUUUCCACACCAAUCACAACCACAAAACCUACUGAAGUAAACACUCCUCAAGUGAAAACACCAAUUACUCCAACAGAGGCCGUGGACAGAGUAAGGACGCGGAGAACACCAAAAAAAGAAUCUAAGGAAAACACCACUAAAGUGAGAACACCAAGGACUCCAACAGAGGAAUUCGAUGCAACUAGGACACUGAGUACGAAAACAAUGUUGACUGAUGCAAACACUGCUAAACAGGGAACACCAAUGACUCCAACAGAGGUCUUCCAUAAAACUCCAGAAUCUACGACAGAUGAAAAUGAGGCUAACACUCCUAAAGUGAAUACACCAAGAACUCAAGCAGAGGACAUCAGUGGUGUUACAACAAAGAGUACAACCACAACAGAGGUGAACACUCCUAAAGUGAAUACACCAAAAACUCAAGCAGAGGACAUCAGUGGUGUUAAAACACAGAGUACAACCACAACAGAGGUGAACACUCCUAAAGUGAAUACACCAAGAACUCAAGCAGAGGACAUCAGUGGUGUUACAACACAGAGUACAACCACAACAGAGGUGAACACUCCUAAAGUGAAUACACCAAGAACUCAAGCAGAGGACAUCAGUGGUGUUACAACACAGAGUACAACCACAACAGAGGUGAACACUCCUAAAUUGACAACACAAAUUUCUCCGACAGAACGUGUAAAGACAAUAAGAACACCGAAAGGACGACGGCGAAAAGUUCGAUUUUGGAUGCAGAAAUCGAGAAAAAUCGAGAAAAAAAAAGUACAGUUUGAACCGAAGUCAGAGGAGCAAUGUCCAGAGGGAUAUGACAUGAGGGAUGGGGACUGCGUUGAGAGGACAUCGGCCUUGGAGAGCGCCCCCGCUGCUGUAAUCUGUCAACCAGGGUUCCUUUACAGGAAUGGCAAAUGUUUGCCGUCGGACCUUGUGCCAACUCGGUGCAGGAAGGGGUUCGCGUUGCUAGACGGGACGUGCGUCUUGACGGUCAAGGUCGUGACGACGCCCGCACCUUGUGCGAGGGGGUAUAUUUUCCGGGAAUGGAAAUGCCUCAAGGAAGAAGUCCGCAAGUGCGCGGAGGGUUACGUUAAAAAAGACGGAACCUGCGUCCCUAAAAUCAAAACUUGUGGUGCGGGCUACGAGUUAAAGAACGACUCGUGUGUUCAGAUUGUUAAAAAGUGCGAUCCCGGCUUCGACUUGGUCAGCGGGAAGUGCGUUAAGAAAUGUGGGCAAGGGUUCAAACGGAAGGACGGGAAAUGCGUCAAAUAUAAAAAACAGUGUCCGGUUGGUUACGAGUUUAAAGACGGACAAUGCAUGAUGGUUAAUAACCCUUGCCCACACGGUUACGCCUAUAUCAAGAACCGGUGCGUCCGCAUGGGCAAGGACGGCCCGAUUCCGGAUGAUUCCAACGAGUCGAAUGAGAAAUGCGGGCCCGGGUACAAGUACAUGAACGGUCGCUGCAUCCUGCGGAUGAUGCUGGGAGCGGAACUGCCGGAGGUCGAGUGUCCGGAUGGAUAUGAGUUUAAGUUUGGCAGAUGUUUAGAUUACGACGAAUGCCAAGGUCCGAAUCCGUGUCAGCAUCAGUGUCGAAACACGCGGGGUAGUUACGUCUGCACAUGUCCGCCUGGGUACAGGUUGAAUGCCAAUGGCCGCCACUGCGACGAUAUUGACGAGUGUGAAGAAUUAAACUUUAACUGCGGACCAGAUAAGAAAUGUAACAAUGUCGGCGGUGAUUUUGAAUGUGUCGAUCAUUCUUGCCCCAAAAAUUACGACCGAGACCCAGUAUCCGGGUUCUGCGUCUUGGAAUGUGACAAAGCGCCCCCUGGCUUCGAGUGUCCAGUAGGAUCGAGGUACGCCGACAUCCUCGACUUCAAGGAGGUGUCGCUGCCCAACGGCAUACCGGCAUAUCAGGAUUUAAUUCGUCUAAUCGCCUAUAACCAAUUCGACGUCCACCUUCCGCGCACGACGUUUACGAUUAUCGAAAAUCAUGACGAGGUCCCGUUCGGGAUUCGAAUACAGGAUGGAAAGGGAAUAGUUUAUACGCUUGAGCCUUUGGAACAUAGAAAGACUUACACUAUCACUGUCCGAGCACGCUCGUUCGAUCACCAAGAAACUACCGGACUUCGUUAUCAGACCACUUUCAUUUUACAUAUAUCUGUGUCGGCUUUCCCUUAUUAGUUAUGAAUUUUUCACCGAAACGUUGUAACUAGGAUAUAAAUAGUUCAAGAUGGUGUGAUGUCAUCAUCACGACGUCAUCAACGGGAAGAAGUUGUGUGAAAUUGAGUUGUGUCGAGACUGAGUAAAGACUAGUCUUUAUUGUUACUUGGUCGUAUGGAGUGCUUGUAUCUAAAAUGGAUGUUGGCCUGUCGAUGUAGUUUAUGGAGUGGAUAAUGCUACCUGUAAGUACAUUUUGAUAAAGAUAUUUAAUGGCAAACGAUUUGUGAGGAGCGCUGUUGAUAGGCUAGGAGACCAAAAAAAGUAUAAUUAAAUUUGCAAAGCCACCAAAACUUUUCUCCGCAAUAACAAUAGUUGGUCUCAAAAGGGAUGAAUUAUGCAUCCAUUUUGAAGGAUUUCUUAAUCUACUAACUCUUUCGCAACCGCACCCGGUAUAAACCGUGUCCGGUCGCAUGAUCGUAUGUCGCGGCAACAAACAUUUCUAGUUUGCGGGAUGCAUACGAUGGCUAUAGGACCUGAAACAUAGAUUAUGUUGAACGCGGUCAAAAGGUCAUCCUCCACAUAAGCACUUUACGUCGUGUAGCACUCGCAGAACCAUCAUUCUAGGACAGUGUUGUGUGACAUGCGAGGGGAACACCUUAAAGGGGUACACUGCUCCUUAAAAAUCUCAAAUUUGAAAUUGGAUUUGAAAAUUUUAAAGUGGGUAAAUACAUACUAAAUGUCGGUCUUAACAAGGCCAAAGUGUCGACAGAUAUACAAAUAUUAUAUAUACCAAGUUUCAGCCAAAUCGUACACAUAAUAACUGCACUGUGGCAUUGUGUAUAACUGCAUUUCUGUUUACCUGGACCACCAGUAAGUACGGACGGACAGUGUACUCCUUUAAUGAACAGACAUGGGCAUGAUGUUGUUGUGUAUAUAAGCAUGAUAAUACCCCAUCUAAGAUAUAUCGCUCAUCAUGGCUGGAUAACCAUGAUCAGACGUUUCUAGUCCGCUUAUAAAUCAUGAUGUAUAAACGAAGAGGUUAUAACACACAGGAAAUAAGUGAAUUAGUUGACAAGUGUAAACAGACAGUUAAGAACUAUGCAUUAGAUUAGAUUAGUGUAUUUCAAGGGCUUAGUGCACACUAGUAAUACAUGGUUCUUAUAGUUUACAGCGACACUGUCAGCAACUCAAAUUUUGCUCUUGUCAGCAACCCCAUUUUGCUCUUGUCAGCAACCACAUUUUUGGCUCUUGUCAGCAACUCAAGUUUGGCACUCGUCAGCAACUCAAGUUUGCUCUCCUCAGCAACUUAAGUUUGGCUCUUGUCAGCAACUCAAGGUUUGCUUUUGUCAGCAAAUCAAUUUGUGCUCUCGUCAGCAAAUAAAUUUUGUUAAAAGUGCACUUAUGUCCUGUGUGCUUUCACCCCUUCAGUGGUUGCAUAAUAUCUUUCUGUAUUAGUAAACAGGCUUCUAUCAACACUGAAAUAUGUAGUGUGGGAUCGAUAACCUUUUUUGCUGUUGUAUUGUUGUACAGGGUGACUCAAAAGGAAUGUUGAAUUAAACUUUACUUCGCUACUCAGCAUUUAAGUGACAAUUUCUUUAAUGCAUUGAUAGACAGUAGAUGUGGUCCUGUGAUGUCACAACUCAAUAAAUGCAAUGUGGCAUUGUGUCAAUUCAUAGUCAGAGCUCCUGUUGAGUGUUAUUUUUGACAAAGAAAUUACGCAAAGCAGUCCGUCAUAUCAAAGUCGGUUUAAGCUAUCAGAAUUUGCUCAGUGAAGGGUUAAUACCAACAGUACUGAUACUAAGCAAGAACCUAGAAAUAAGAUAUAUUUUAGGUUGUAGAUGAUCAAGGGAUCCAAUCAAUGCCUAAAACUUCGCUUUCUUCAGAUCUAGUUGAACAUUCUUUUUGGAACACUCUUUAUAUGUGUUUGUAUUUUUGAUUUCAUUGCAAGUUUGUUUUUGACAAUUUCUUCGAACGAAUGAUGCACUUUAAAUUUAGUUUGGCAUGUUUGGUGUUGUAUUAUACCAGAUGUAUAUUAAUUGCUUUAAUCAUGAAUAAACAAUUUUAUAUAUCAACUUUAAUUAAGACACUUCAGUUAAUUUGAAGAUUUGAAUGGUGCGAGUUAAAAAUAGUUUGGUGCUAUAUAGUAUACUAGGUGCAGAUUAAUUUUCUUAAUCAUGAAUGAUAUUUGUUUUAGUCGUUUUAUUGCACUGUCUCAUCCGGAUCUUUUCACUUUCAAACGGGUUAGCUGUUAGCAGCUAAUUGUUUUCAAUUAUUUCACCCAGACAUGUAGUAAGUUAGAAUUAGAAAGAGCACCGGCCAAAAGGGUUGCCAAAGUUAACACAAUGAUGAUGAUGAUGAUGAUGAUGAUGAUGAUGAGGAGGAGGAUGAAUGGUUUGCAAGAGAUAAGCUGUGUUGUAUUUUAUGAACUUAGAGCGGUUCCUAACUGUUGAAACAGUCAAUAGAUCGGUUCCCAACUUUAAUUGAUGUAUCGCUGAAACAGUCAAUAGAUCGGUUCCAACUGUAAUUGAUGUAUUGUUGAAACAGUCAGUAGAUCGGUUCCAAACUGUAAAUGAUGUAUCACUGAAACAGUCAAUAGAUCGGUUCCCAACUGUAAUUGAUGUAUCACUGAAACAGUCAAUAGAUCGGUUCCCAACUGUUAUUGAUGUAUCACUGAAACAGUCAAUAGAUCGGUUCCCAACUGUUAUUGAUGUAUCGUUGAAACAGUCAAUAGAUCGGUUCCAAACUGUAAAUGAUGUAUCAUUGAAACAGUCAAUAGAUCAGUUCCCAACUGUAAUUGAUGUAUCGUUGAAACGGUCAGUAGAUCGGUUCCAAACUGUAAAUGAUGUAUUUUUGCAACAGUCAAUAGAUCGGUUCCCAACUGUUAUUGAUGUAUCGUUGAAACAGUCAAUAGAUCGGUUCCCAACUGUAAUCGAUGUAUCACUGAAACAGUCAAUAGAUCGGUUCCCAACUGUAAUUGAUGUAUCGUUGAAACAGUCAGUAGAUCGGUUCCAAACUGUAAAUGAUGUAUUUUUGCAACAGUCAAUAGAUCGGUUCCCAACUGUUAUUGAUGUAUCGCUGAAACAGUCAAUAGAUCGGUUCCCAACUGUAAUUGAUGUAUCGCUGAAACAGUCAAUCGAUCGGUUCCAAACUGUAAAUGAUGUAUUUUUGCAACAGUCAAUAGAUCGGUUCCAAACUGUAAAUGACUUCCUGGUUAAACAGUAGACCAGUUGCCUUCUUACUCGCCUCUGUAAUCUGGACACCCCUUUGUUAAUGACAGGUUUUGUCAGUGCAGGUAUGUUCACUAUAGAGGGGUUCGACUGAUUUCACACUGCACAUCUCAAACCCAGAAUAUGAAGUAUCCGACUACAGCAGCCAAUCUUUGCCGAUUAUGAUUAAAAAAGUAAUAUGGAUUAAAUA